AUCAAGUUGAAAGCCCGUUUUCAUAGCCGGUGAUCUUUUUCAAUAUCACUGUAUUCGAUCAAUUUUAAAUUCUGGCAAAUAAAAAUUCUUAUAAAAUAUUUUCAACAGUGAGGUUAGUAACACUAGACUAGAGGCUUGAGAAAGACCAUAGUUGUCUUCAUAUCUAGAAAUACCAUAAAAGUGGUACAAGUCCGAACCUAAUGUUCUUGUUCAAAGUGAUGGCAAAGUGUUUUGGGGGAAGUUCAGCAGUUCAACCAGGAUCUAGAAAGCAAAAGAUUGUGCUGAAGGUGGAAAUGGAGGAUAUAAAGAAGAGAUCCAAAGUUUUGAAGAAUAUUGUUUGCUGCCAUGGUGUUUACUCUGUAGCGUUAGAAAGGAAUGAAAAUAAUAAAGUAGCUGUUGUUGGUGAGGGAAUUGAUCCAGUGAGUCUCAUUCAGAAAUUUAGGAAUGAGAUGGGUGAUGUGCAGUUGAUUUCUGUUACUAUUGUUCAAGAGAAGAACUGAAGAAAAAAUUUAAAACUUUAUUUGAGAAUUUUUUUUUUUUUUUAGGGAAAAAACAAGUGCAUGAUUUCAUGGUUUGAGUUAUGCUUGGAUUUGUAGUGCUGAAAUCAAUUAAUGAAUGACCAUGAGCUGUCUUUUAUU